GUGGGUAUUUGGGGAAUAGUUUCCGGUUGUCGCAGCGUUGGAGGACAACAGACUGCAGUUUAAGACACCUAAGUCAUUUGCUGCGGUAGACACGUAUAUUUAGGGCAGAUCAUUGGUUUUAGCCUUAUUUUGCGCCAAUGUUGUGACGCUUUGUGGUCGUUUACAAUGUUGUUUCUGAAAGUUGUCGCCAGGGGGCGCUGAGGCCUGUUAUCGUUGUGCCGUCGUAAAAAGUUACUCAGGCUGCAGCAAGUCGGUUAGUAGGCUGAAAGCUGCACUGCAGAGAAGACAUGUAGGGAACAUGCUUGUACGUCCCUGGAUGAAACUGUACGACAGGCCUGAUCAUCAGAACUUUCCACUCGCUUCUUAUAUUUAAAACUCUGAUACAAUGAGUGUCGAGGUGAAAACCCCUACCAGAACUCAGUUCGAACACGUGGAGUUUCAGUGUGGUGAAAAACAAUCUACUUCAUGUCCGUAUCAGUCGACCGAGGAAAGUGACAGCAAGCAGCAGCAAGGGGUACCCACUCCAAAUGGCAAGUCGGCUAGGCAGGUGACAAUUCUUGGAAACCAACAGAAACCAGAUGGUCCUAGUCCCAGACAGGAGAACAAGCAGUACCAAACAAAGCGAAGGAGAUUUAGUGUUCCUGCCCAAAGAGGACCAAUGUUUGGGUCAAAGAAAAGGCGAUACAGCACUAAGCAAGACAAAAUUGUACUCCCUACCAAAUUUCUUCUUGGCGGAAAUAUCAGCGACCCUUUGAAUUUGAACAGUUUGUACGAUGAUGAAACAGGAAUGCUGCUCAAUGAAAAAACACCCAACUCAUCUCCAUUACCGUUUCCAGUUCAUCGUGAAAAUACUAAUUCGGUUUUCCCCCCAAAUAUUACAGACCCUCUGAACUUGAACUCUGGGGAGGAUGUUGAUGAUUUAUUUACAUCAAGACUAAUGGCACGGAAAAGACGACGACACAAGCACAAGAAGAAACAGGAUGAGGAUAUCAUUACAUCAACUGUGACAGUAACUCCGUCAAAGGAAACAGAGAAAAAGAAAAAUCUCACAUUGGCAUUAAAAAUUGAUGUUGAUUCUUCAUGUACUUCUACAUCUGUCCCUGAAAGAGCAUCAGCAGAAUCAGACUCAGAAUUACUCGUGUCAAAUCAAAAGAAAUGUGAGGAUAAAAUUGUUUCCCCAGUCAUUCCACAAACCUCAAAGGGUCGUAAACGCCGAAGAACUGUGAGUGAAUGCAUGAAACCUGAAUUUUGGGAUGGAAUAGGUAAUGCAAGACGUGCUUUGCUUAGAACUGAGAGUGUACCAUUCGAUAAUGAAAUUCCUCUGCCCCAAAGUAUUGUAACACCUAAGAAGAUGAAAAGGCAAACUAGUGCCCCCAAGACUUCACAGCCAAUCAAACGUCAGCCUAAAGCUGAGAAACGACGAAAGAGCAGCAGGACAUGUCAAAAAUUUGUGUAUGGAAAUUACAAUCGGUAUUAUGGAUACAGAAACCCCGAACUUGAUCAAGAUGUGCGAUUGAAUAGCCUCAGACCUGAGUGGUUUGCUGGAAAAGAUAUCUUGGAUAUUGGCUGCAAUGUUGGCCAUAUUACUUUAGCAAUUGCUUGUGAUUUCAGACCUCGUAAGAUUGUUGGAAUGGACAUCGAUGGAAGGCUGAUAGCUGCAGCUAGAAAGAACAUUCGCUAUUAUCUCACUAAAACUACGAUAAAGACUGACAUAUAUCCACUGUCUGUUAAGUUGAACUAUGGCCCGAUUGUUGUGCCUGCUGUGGGAGAAUUACAGUCACCCAUAUUUCCAAAUAAUAUCAUGUUUUUACAGGGAAACUAUGUGUUGGAAUUUGAUGAGCUCUUAGAUGUACAAAAGGAGGAGUAUGAUGUCAUCAUGGCGCUCAGCAUCACAAAGUGGAUUCACCUUAAUUUUGGAGAUGAUGGCAUGAAAAGGUUUUUCAAACGCAUUUUCAAGCAGCUCCGACCUGGUGGAAGGUUGAUACUUGAACCACAAGCUUGGCCCUCUUAUAAGAAGAAGAAAAAACUCACAGAUGAGAUCUUCAGGAACUUCCAAAGCAUUCGGUUUAAGCCUGAUCAGUUCACUGAUUACCUGCUGUCAAGGGAAGUCGGAUUUUCCACUUGUGAGGCUCUUGAUGUGCCGUAUAAUAAGUCUGCAGGAUUCAGACGGCCCAUCCAGCUGUUCACUAAGCCAGACACCAGUGUUAACAGCCCAAACCCAAUAGUGCUUGUGCCUGAGGUGGACAAUCCAGAACCAGCAGUGGAAAUACCCUCAGCAGAGAAGAGUGUCUGCACUAGGGCAAAGGUGCAGGAAGAUAAAUCACAGGCUACAAGCCAAGUUCUUGAUUCUGUUCAGCAGCAGUAACCUCACAGACUUACCUGAGUAGCUUGCAAACUAAACCAGCAGGAUGCUCACCAAAUGAAAAUACCACUUCUAUGUACAGUGAACAUGUUUGUGACUUUGUGGCUAUUUGAAGUUGUUUAUGAAUAAUCUGAAUGAAGGAGGGGGUGUUGGCAUGGUUGAGUACAUAUUCAAGAAUGUGCACUUCUGCCUUGUACUCCUUCUCAGUAUUAAACAGUCGGUUAAAUUUAGACAAUCCAUCUAUGAAAAUAUUGAGUAUCCUUUUGUGCAUUAAUUGCUUUUUGUGUGGAACAUUUUAUUGCAUUUUCCCAUGUAAAGGCUGAUCUACAGGGGUUAAUUGUUUAAUAAAGGAAUCCUUGUGCUGUGCUCAUAUUGGACAAUUCUAUCAGCUGUUAGAAUAACUAACACAAGCUCACAGCCAGUAUGUUCUAUGGAAAAUUAAACAUCUAUCCAUAUGAGUUAUGGUGGUACUUUUCCUGAAAUUGGCAGUGAGGCAAGGCGAAAUCUGGGGUGGCUUCUCUUGGCUUAGUGUUUCUAAACAGCAUUGGGUGUACUAUUCAUCUAACAUGCUAUGAUGCCACACUUUAAUCUCAGUUCAAUUCAAGUGUGCAGAAGGAUAGGGCACAGCUUUAAUUCUUUGUCUCCUAAGGGACUGAUGGGAUACCAUGUCAGUGAGGAAUCAGCUGUCUUUACAUUCGGUUCUGGUUGAUAAUCAAACACUGUUAUUUACGUAAACAAGUGCUCAGUGAUGAGAACACGUUUUACAAAUUGGCCAGUAUAUGUUCAUCAUAAUCAAGUACUACUUGUAAUGUUAAUGCUCUUAUGCAGCAAAUUUUUGUUAGUACAUGUACAUGUAUAAGUUUGCAUGUUUGAAUGGAAUUCUGGAUCUCAACAGUUUGAGGUAGUCAAUGGUGCAUCAGCUGGAGUGGGGAUGGGGUAUGGUUGUGGAGUUGUGCAGGUUGCCACUAUACAGGUUAAAGUGAAAGACAGCACCUGACUAAUGUUUAUGUCCACUGAAAGACUGCCAUUCAAAGUAUCUUAAAUAGGCAUUAAAUAUUUUGCUAGAUUUUUUUCAACCCAGUAAAAAUUUUAUGAAACUUGGUCUUGACACAGCUUUAGCGUGUCUUCAUUAUCGACAGCAAGUGACGUCACGUUUAGCUCUAACUCUCUAACAUCGAAGGUGUUUUCCGUAUUAUAGUCAAAGUAGUAGCCUAUGGCAGAUAAAGUUGUGGACUUCAGUUAUGAAGGUCCUAAGUGAUAAAUAGCUUUCUCAGAAAUUGGACAUACUGGAAGGAUAUUUCUUCCACUGCUUGAGCUGUUUAUACAGUAAACCUGCUAUAUCAUUUACAUUUAAACAGCAUGUAGAUGCACGGCCGGGGUAUUCCUGGUUCAGGUCGUAGCCUUCGGAGGGAUAGUGCUGGCGAUUUUUACCGCAGUUAAAUGUUUACAAAAUCGAAAAAUGAAAUGACCCUUCGGCUACAUGUAACUAAAUUCUUGAAAACGAUCUCAAAAUGUCUGAUGCAGUAGUUCUGUGUUAUCAUAUGUCACUUCAUGGAGUGAAUGGGUAAAGGCUACGUCACAGCUUAGGCCGCACAAUCUGAUAGUAACGUGUUUGAUUGGAAAAAAUUCUCAAGAUGUCUACCUUGAUUCACACCAGCCAUUUGUGCAGUAUUGUCAUUUUGUUCUACAAGUUAUUCGAUGAAAUCUCAUUAAACUAAUAAAGUAUGAUACUUUUAAGAAAGCUGGAGAAUCUUGCUUUCGAUUGAAAUAUGUGUUAGACAGGUGCUGUCUUGUCCUUUGAUGGAAGAAAUGUCCUGUGAAAAACGAAUGUUGAGUGCUUAAAGGCUACGCUUAUACUUGCUCCAUAUAAAGUGUGAAAAAGAAAUACUGAACUGUACCACUUCAGUGGUUACAUACAGGUUUUUGAGAAGGGAAAUCUGUUGUCUGGGAACAGCCUCAGUAAUGAAAAUAUUGGUUUUUGAUCAAGCUAAAUUUAUUUCUUUAAAAUUCUUGUUCCACUAAAGCAUGAGAGUGUGGACAUCUUAAUGUUGGUUUAAUAUCAUGGGGAUACUGUAUGUGUAAAAUGGUCGGGAUAGUUUUUAGUGCUAAAUUAAGCUCUUUGCAACCAGAACUGGAUGCAGAUGUUGUGAACAUCUUGAUGCACUCUGUGGAAUACCUUUGGCAAAUAUUAAAGCUCAGAGUAUAGAACAAGAGACAAGUUUAGGUGAUACACAUUACAAGACUCUGCCAAUGUAGUUUUACAUUCAUAUGGAGAAACCAGUGUCUUUGGAUAAAUUGGAUUUACAUGUAUUUAGAUGCAAGUCAUGUGGUUAUGCAGAUGUUUAGACUUUUUGAUUUGAACUGGCUUUAAAAAAUUUCAAAUACAAUAGAACAGUUGAAGUGGAUUCCGGUUUAUGACAAAGAGAUUUACCCUAAUUGUUCAACCUGUCAGCCGCCUCUGUGACCAAUAUUUUGAAACACUGAGAUAACUAUAAGUUGUAGAGAAACAAUUUGCAGUUGUAUGAAGCUUGCAUCUUAAGUGUCACUAACGAAUCCAUUAAGUGUCAUUGUGAUAAUCAAUGUAUGCUUAAAUUCCGCUGAAAAAGAAUGCUUUAGUGGUUAAAAAGGUUGAAGAUUUACAGUAUAUGAAAACCUUAGUUGAAAUAGGCAUGUAAUGUGACAGUCCUUGAUGAACACUACAAAACCAUUAUAGAAAGACUUUUACCUUUUUAGUGGCAGGUAACUUAUUUCAAGCUAUGCAAUUCUCCCCACACAAUUACUUUGACAUUUAGCAAUGCUGUUAAGUGCAUUUAUUAUUCAUUCAUUCCAUAUAUGUGAUUUCACCUUGGUUUAUGUGAAAUGAGUGAAUGCCAUGUGACAUGUCAUUCUUCAUUACAGAAUUAUCAUUGCUAAAAGUGAAAAAUUUCUUUAAGUAUGGCAUGUAAAGUUGCAUUUACAGAAUUGUUGAGUCACAUGCAUUUUGUCAAAAAUAUAAGUUUUCAUUGUUUAGAUGGUGUUACUUCAUGUCUUCACUGUCCAAUCUUCAACCUUAUUUUUGUUUGUCACCUAUGAUGACGAAAAUUAGUUCUAUAGCUGCAACAUGGUAAUAUUUUUAUACCUGGUUUGUAUAGUUAAUAGGUAAAAGAAUGUCAUGCCAUAACGUCUUCAGUUAUUAAUAGAAAAUCUAAAAUCAGCGGAAUUGAUUUUGUCACUGUUGCGUUUGGUGUACAUUCAUUUGUGCUGAAACUCUAAUGUCUGUAAGAUGUUCUCAUCCGACAUGUAAUUUCAUUUAUGUGAACAGAUUAACACAAUCUCUGCACAAGUGGUAAAUCUGGCUGUUCCAACUCUUGCAAUAAAGGAUUUUACA